CCGGUACCGCUGCCGCCGCCGCCGCUGCUCCCCGCCGCCGCCGCCAAGAAUAACCAACCAUGACUACAGAAUCGGGAUCGGACUCCGAGUCCAAGGAUAAAGAACAGGAUCAGCAGGAGAGCCCUGCGCAGCAAGGGGCGGCGGAGACCCAGCCGCAGGACCAGCAGCAGCUGAGCGCAGAGCAUCAAAACGCGCUCGAGCAGUUCUCGGCUGUGGCAGCCCACAGCACGCCGGUGAAAAAGGAGCAGGCCACAGACAAAGAACAGGAGUUUGCUGCUGCGAGUGCAAAACAGCUGGAAUACCAGCAGCUAGAGGACGACAAGCUCUCUCAAAAAUCAUCGUCUAGCAAACUUUCCAAGUCUCCUCUAAAGAUCGUCAAGAAACCGAAAAAUAUGCAGUGCAAAGUGACACUCCUGGAUGGAUCGGAAUAUGCAUGUGAAGUAGAGAAACGUUCCAGAGGUCAAGUGCUAUUCGACAAAGUGUGCGAGCAUCUGAACCUUUUGGAAAAAGACUACUUUGGGCUAACAUACAGAGACACAGAAAACCAAAAGAAUUGGUUGGACCCUGCCAAGGAAAUCAAGAAGCAGAUCCGAAGUGGUGCUUGGCAGUUUGCAUUUAAUGUGAAAUUCUACCCUCCAGACCCUGCCCAGCUAUCUGAAGAUAUUACCAGGUACUACCUCUGCUUGCAGCUGAGAGAUGACAUCGUGUCAGGUCGGCUGCCCUGCUCGUUCGUCACGCUGGCCCUGCUGGGCUCCUACACCGUGCAGUCGGAGCUCGGCGACUACGACCCCGAUGAGUACGGCAGCGACUACAUCAGCGAAUUUCGCUUUGCGCCAAAUCACACUAAAGAGCUGGAGGAUAAAGUGAUUGAGCUGCACAAGAGCCACAGGGGAAUGACACCUGCAGAGGCUGAGAUGCAUUUCCUGGAGAAUGCCAAAAAACUGUCAAUGUAUGGAGUAGAUCUCCAUCAUGCCAAGGAUUCUGAAGGAGUGGAAAUCAUGCUAGGAGUUUGUGCAAGUGGUCUCUUAAUAUAUCGAGACAGACUCAGAAUAAAUAGAUUUGCCUGGCCAAAGGUUCUGAAAAUUUCCUACAAGAGGAACAACUUCUACAUCAAAAUCCGACCAGGGGAGUUUGAGCAGUUUGAAAGCACUAUCGGUUUUAAGUUGCCAAAUCAUCGUGCUGCAAAGCGCUUAUGGAAGGUGUGUGUUGAGCACCAUACAUUUUUCAGGCUCCUGCUGCCAGAAGCACCUCCAAAGAAGUUCCUCACGCUGGGCUCCAAGUUUCGCUACAGCGGCCGGACGCAGGCCCAGACCAGAAGAGCCAGUGCCCUCAUAGACCGUCCCGCACCUUACUUUGAGCGGUCUUCUAGUAAACGUUACACUAUGUCUCGCAGCUUAGAUGGGGCAUCAGUGAAUGAAAACCAUGAAAUGUACAUGAAGGAUUCUGUGUCUGCUGCAGAGGUUGGUACUGGCCAGUACGCCACAACAAAGGGCAUCUCUCAGACCAACUUGAUAACCACUGUGACUCCAGAGAAAAAGGCAGAAGAAGAGAAAGAUGAUGAAGAGGGCAAAAAGAAAAGAGCAGAGGAAGUCACCCCGGUCUCGGCAAUACGCCAUGACACCAAGCCAUCUUUGCUUGGCGCUGAUUCCCACCACCCCUCGCCAUCCUCGCAGCCUGGCCCCCAUGUAUCUUCAGGAAAGCUUCGCAGGAGAUGCAAGGAGAGCGCUCGAACAAAGUCCUUAGGUUGUGAGGCGCCCAAAGAGAGCGCUCCAAAGCACGGCGAGUCGGAGCCAGACUCUGACAGAAAGGGGCGAGUUUGCUCCACCGAGCAAGACAUGGCUUUCGGCUAUAAGCAAAAAGCCGGCAAAGGCGGAACGCUGUUUUCCUUCUCCUUGCAACUUCCAGAGUCAUUUCCUUCCCUCCUGGAUGACGACGGCUACCUAUCGCUCCCUAACCUCUCCGAAACCAACCUCCUGCCUGCCAGCGUGCAGCACUACCUUCCCAUCCACUCCCCCUCCCUGGUGCCUUGCUUCCUCUUCAUUUUUUUCUUUCUGCUCUCUGCCUCUUUCUCAGUGCCAUACGCCCUCACUCUCUCCUUUCCUCUGGCUAUGUGCCUCUGCUACCUGGAGCCCAAGGCGGCCUCCUUGAGUGCCUCACUUGCCAAUGACCUGAGUGACAGUUCAGAGGAAGAGACUGACAGUGAGCAGACGGAUACUGCAGCUGAUGGUGAGACCACUGCCACCGAGUCGGAUCAAGAGGAGGACGGAGAUCUAAAGGCACAGGAUCUAGACAAAACCCAGGAAGAUCUGAUGAAACAUCAGACCAAUAUAAGCGAGUUGAAACGCACCUUCUUGGAAACCUCCACAGAAACGGCUGUGUCUAAUGAGUGGGAGAAGAGGCUUUCCACAUCUCCCGUUCGGCUUGCAGCAAGGCAGGAGGAAGCUCCUAUGAUUGAACCACUAGUGCCUGAAGAGACUAAACAGUCCACCAGUGAAAAAACCUUGGAUGGUUCAGAUAUCUUCAGUUUAAUAGAGUCUGCCAGAAAACCGACUGAGUUCAUAGGAGGGGUUACUUCUACUUCACAUAGCUGGUCUCAGAGAAUAGACACGAUGACGUCUCAGGAGAUAACUUCCAGUGAAAUGAAGCAAGCAGUUCAGCCGCAUCAGGAUGCAGUGAAGAAGGUUGUACAGGAGACUGUGGUUAUCAAGGAGAGACAUGGGAUGGAUGUGCAGGCAAGCGGGGAUCCUGCUAAAGCGGCCGGACUUGCACUGGAUGCCCAGGCUGGGGCAGCGUCGGCGGUGGCUGCUGGUGUGAAAGGGAAGGAGGGCUCUGCUGGAACUGAGGGGGUGAAGGAGGAGAAAAGGGAGGAGGCUGGGAAAGCCCUAACCAAACAGGAAGGAGUCGCUGCUGCUGCUGCUGCUUCGUGUGAGCAAGCAGAGGAGCACAGUACAACAGUCCACCUUUCAGAGUCUUUGGAAAGAAAAGCUCAUUUUGAGUCACCAGUUGUGAAGACUGAGACUAUCAGUUUCAGUAGUGUUUCUCCUGGUGGGGAAAACCUUGAAAUUUCAACAAAGGAAGUACCAGUAGUCCAUACAGAAACAAAAACCAUUACGUAUGAGUCCUCUCAGGUGGAUUGCAGUGCUGACUCAGAACCGGGUGUACUGAUGAGUGCACAAACUAUCACGUCUGAAACCACCAGCACUACAACCACUACACAUAUCACCAAAACUGUGAAAGGAGGCAUCUCAGAGACAAGAAUUGAAAAGCGAAUAGUCAUCACAGGAGAUGCAGAUAUUGAUCAUGAUCAGGCGCUGGCUCAGGCAAUUAAAGAAGCCAAAGAGCAGCACCCUGACAUGUCAGUGACCAAAGUAGUGGUACAUAAAGAGACAGAAAUCACACCAGAAGAUGGGGAGGAUUGACCACAGGAAUAACCUAGAUUGCAUAUGAAUCCAGACAUGCACACCAGUAGGAAUACGAGAGCCUAUACAGAGUCUCAGUUCCAACCUGACUGACUUGUAUCUGUCUAUGGAAAAUUUCAGUACAGAAGAAUUGAUCUUGACCGUUAAUAAAGAAACUGGCAGAGACACCUUCCCAUAGAAAGCAAUCUGAAUCAGCAGCAGUUAAACAAUAUUGCAUGAAGCAACGAUAAAAUUACAGAAAAGCAGCAUUUUUAAUUUUCUUAAAAUGUCUAAGUUUUCAGCUAUACCUGCACGUUCAUAAACAAUAUAAACAGUGAUCUCAUGUAACACAUAAACAGUUCAUGCCUUUCACAGUUUAUGAAAGUCUAAACAAAUUAAAAUUUGUUAGGUGGCAAGCCUUUUGUUUACAGAUAUUGUAAAUGAAGAUUACCCCCCAAAUGCUAGAAGCUGUAUAGGUACUGUGUAUAAUGUUUUACCACACAUUAGACGUGCCAAUAACACGGUUUAUUCAGUAAACAACUUGAAUCUUA